CGCCCACCUACAAAAGCGAUAUAUAACAGACCGACAGGUAACAAAUUUUGUACUAUUCAUAUCUUCAAGAAUUUCACUUCCUCCCAUUAUAUUGUUUCCCAGCUUAGCACAUUAAACCUCAUCCCAAUAUCCCAUACUCAUUAUUGAUUCAUCUGUUUACUUAUUUAUUUACUUAUUUAUGAUACCACUCCCAGUACUUGCUGAUUUCCUUAACAUUAUCUCAUCAGUCGUCAUUGUCUCAGCUUUUUUGUACACUCAUUUAAACUCUUCAUUCUAAAGUUGUCAACUUUCGCAUACAUUAGAUUUAGUAUACAGAUCUUGAACUUGAUAGCUAGCUCAGCUACCUAUAAUGGGUCGUCACUCUUGGGUUUUGAGUACGAGGUUGUGUUUAUGGUUAUUUUGUUGUAUGUUUAGUUUAAAGUUCAACUUUGGGUGCUCAGAGGUUGUUGAAGGGACUGUGUUUGUGAAUGGGAAGAGUGCCAUUGCAAGAACAGACAGUGAUUUCAUAUGUGCUACCUUAGAUUGGUGGCCAGCUGAUAAGUGUGAUUAUGGUACUUGUGCUUGGGACCACGCUUCUCUCCUAAAUUUGGAUCUUAGCAAUGUCAUAUUUUUUAAUGCCAUAAAAGCUUUCUCACCGCUAAAAAUUAGGUUGGGAGGCACUUUGCAAGAUAACGUUAUCUAUGAAACUGAAGAUCAUAGCCAACCCUGUCUUCCAUUUGUUAAGAAUGACACAGAAGUGUUUCAUUUCAGCCAGGGCUGCCUGCCCUUGUCCAGAUGGGAUGAGCUAAAUACUUUCUUCAACAAAUCUGGUGCUGUUAUUAUUUUCGGCUUGAACGCUCUCAAUGGACGAAGAUCAGCAAAAACUAAUGAAGCUUGGGAUUCAACUAAUGCUGAGUCUUUGAUUCGAUAUUCGGUCAAAAAGGGGUACACCAUCUACGGUUGGGAGCUAGGAAAUGAAUUGAGUGGAAGUGGAGUGGGGGUAAGCAUUAACGCAGACCGGUAUGCCCAUGACACGAUCCAUCUGCAUGACCUAGUGCAAAUUAUAUACAAAGACAUAGAAGCUAAACCACUGAUUCUAGCACCAGGAGGAUUCUUUGUUGCAGACUGGUACCAAGAAUUUGUAGACAAAACGCACAACGCUGUGCAUGUCAUCAGUCACCACAUAUACAAUUUAGGCCCAGGAGUAGAUGAGCACCUUAUGGAGAAAAUCCUUAAUCCAUCUUAUCUUGACAAUGAGGCCAGUACUUUUAGUCAACUACAUAGCAUACUCAAGAACUCUGGAACUUCAGUGAGUGGUUGGGUCGGUGAGGCUGGAGGUGCUUAUAACAGUGGACACAAUCACAUAUCCAAUGCUUUCAUUUAUAGCUUCUGGUAUCUUGACCAGCUCGGGAUGUCUGCAUCAUAUGACACAAAGACGUACUGCCGACAGUCACUGAUUGGUGGGAACUAUGGCUUGCUAAACACCACUACCUUUGUACCAAAUCCAGACUACUACAGUGCACUUCUUUGGCAUCAGUUAAUGGGAAGAAAUGUUUUGGCAACUAGCUUUUCAGGGACAAAGAAAAUACGUGCCUACGCUCAUUGUGCAAAGCAAUCUCAAGGAAUUACAUUACUUCUGAUCAACCUUGAUGGCAACAAUUCUGUAGUCAUCAGAGUUGAUUACAACGAAACAAGUUCGAAAGGCCAUGGGAGACACGGGCAUCAUAAUCUUAGCAAGAGUUCAUCUGAGAUUUAUGAAAAAGAAGCAAAGACGAGAGAAGAGUAUCAUCUGACAGCCAAGGGUGGAGAUUUGAAUAGCCAAACUAUGCUGUUGAAUGGGAAUGAAUUAGGAGUAGAUUCAUCAGGGCAGAUACCUGCUUUGCAGCCUCAUGUUGUGAGCUCAUCUGAGCCCAUAAUUGUGGCUCCUUUUUCCAUUGUUUUUUCCCAUAUGCCAAAUGUGUCUCUCCCUGCUUGUUCUGCUUAGGACAGAUCCAGAAGUGAUUCCCAGCUUUACAGCUUUGAAUUUACAAGCCACGAGUUUAAGUUUUGAGAGCGGCCACUUGUCAAAAUGACAAAUGAAGGCUCGCCUUCUAUACACCUUGUACCUUCUUCCCCGACCCUCACCUGGCAAAGACGCUAAGAUGCACCAAACUGUCCCUAAUACGUAUAAUAAUAUAUAAUAACAAAUCAAUUGUAUUUCCUUAAAUAAAAAACUUCCUUGUUUGUUUUUUAAUUUAUUUUCUUUGUAUCUUUUAUAUUCCUCUUAUGUGGGAUAGCCUUUUUUGUUUACCCAG